CCUUUAGAUGUAAUGAGUGUGGGAAAAGCUUUAAGUGCAGUUCAUCUCUCAUCAGACAUCAAAGAGUUCACACUGAAGAGCAACCCUGAAAAAUUAAUGUGAAGAAAUGAUGGAGAUGGAUGAGGACCCGGAUACCCUGCCUGCCCAGCGGCAAGGCAACAUCAUCAUUACUAAGUAUGAGCAGGGACACCGAGCUGGGGCAGCAGUGGACAUGGGGCAUGAGCAGAUCAACAUCGGGAAAUACGCUAAUCACCUCGGGAUUAUGCAAGAGACGGAACUGCCCCCGAUAAGAGCCCUGGAGGUGAAGCAAAGACGCAAGGAAAGUAAACGUACCAACAAGUGGCUAAAGAUGUUUGCAGACUGGCCAAAAUAUAGGAACACCAAGAAGCUGUCUCAAAGAGUAUAUAAAGGCAUUCCCCUGGCGGUGCGGGGCCAGGCAUGGUCACGUUUGCUAAAUAUUGACAAAAUCAAGUCCCAGAACCCAGGCAAAUAUAAGGCCAUGAAGGAGAAGGGCAAGAGGUCCUCCAGAAUCAUCCACCGCAUCCAGCUAGAUGUCAGCAGCACCCUACAGAACCACAUGAUGUUCAUACAAAGAUUUGGAGUCAGGCAGCAGGAAUUAUGUGACAUCCUUGUGGCCUAUUCUGCAUAUAAUCCUGUGAGUAUUCCCGGGCAGCGAUAUUCCUGGGCCAUGUACCCAUAUUCAUAGGCAUGGGUGUCUCCUGAGGGUGUCAGCACUUCUUGAAAAUUCAGUGUUCGUGACCCACCAGCAUGUAGUAGGCAGGACUCAAGCUCACUGCUGGCAGAAGAGGGUUGAAGCCUGGACUCCUGCUGUCACCUGGACCCAAUCACCAUGUCUCAGAUGAAGAAAUGACCUUCCCCUCCUGGUGUUGCCCCAAAGCCUAGGAGCUUGUCAGGGUCCUACGCAGGAUGG